AUGAUCGAUACUGAUCAACAAAAUCAACCAACUAGAAGUGAUCAUUCUUAAGGAGCCUAUUAAAUAAUAAAAUCAAACUAAGUAGAACUAUCUAUUCAAAAUAAAGUGAUUGAACUGGAUGUCGAUUAUCCGAAGGUGCCAUAAUCGAGAAAUAAAGAGAAAUUACUGUGUACAAAAUGUAAUGAAGUUGUUGAAACCUAUAUCUAAUUUGAGAUGGGUAGGUGUAGUUAUCUAAUGAUGCUAAUUUUAAUAGUAGGCAUAAUAACAGCUGUCUUGGCCUUCUUGCCUUGUGUUCUAGAUGGAUGUAAGGAUGCAAAGCACAGGUGUCCGAAAUGCACCAAACUAAUAGGAACAAAGCAGUUUAUGUGCGGAUGA